CUUUUUCAUUGGAGACAAAACUGAAAGUGAUUUAUAGACAGGUUACAGGAUCUUAACCAAACAGAGCUGCUUCACUUUCGUUUUGAUUGUACUGAGAUGGUCUGUAUAAGAGCCAACGCGUUGUAGCCUUCGAGUCUUUUAUUUUUGGUUUAAACUGGAAGCUGAUGCAGUUCUCCGAGCACAUAAAAACAGCCAAUGUGGAGGAUGUUGUUCUCCGGCAGCCGCUACACCCACCGGGCAGAGGCGCACUGUGCAUAACGGGACACCACCUCCUCUUCUCGGACAGAGAGGACCAAAACUGCAGCCAGGUUUUACUGCUGCUCCGAAACAUCGAUGCAAUAGAGAAAAGGUCAAGCUCCUCAGGCACAAUUACGAUCAAAUGUAAGGACCUGCGUGUGAUCCAGAUUGAUAUCCCAGGCAUGGAGCAGUGUCUCAACAUUGCACGUUCAAUUGAGACCCUGUCCAAUCUCGACAGUGUGCCGGAGAUGUAUCCUUUCUACAGACCUUCAAAUCAGAGCUUGGAUGGUCAGUGGGGACUUUCAACUCCUGAACAAUUCUUCAGAGAAACAAAAGGGCUUACCUCUCUAUGGAGGCUGAGUACUGUGAACAAGGAUUAUUCAGUCUGUCCUUCCUACCCCCCAUUGGUCAUCGUCCCCAAAUCUAUAGAUGAUGAAACAUUGACAAAAGUGGCUAAAUUCAGACAUGGGGGACGUUUCCCUGUUCUGUGCUACUAUCAUCAUAAAAAUGGAAUGGUUAUAAUACGGAGUAGUCAGCCUUUGAUAGGAGCCAAUAGGAAACGCUGUGGGGAAGAUGAGCGCCUUCUACAGGCUGUGAUUGGAAGUUCAGAUAAGGGUUACAUCAUUGACACUCGUUCCAGUCAGCAGUCCCAGCAGGCACGGAUGACAGGAGGAGGAUUUGAACCAAAGUCAUAUUAUAGCAGCUGGAGGAGACUGCAUAGACACAUAGAGAAGGGUAAAGCACUGCAAGAAAGUCUUAUUAAACUGGUUGAGGCCUGCGCAGAUGAGUCGCACAAUAUGGACCGCUGGCUUAGUAAACUUGAGAACUCCAAAUGGCUUUCACAUGUCCAAACUGCUCUGUCAACUGCUGGUCUGGUAGCAGAGUGUGUUGAGAGGGAUGGCCAUUCAGUUCUUGUUCAUGGCUCUGAAGGAACAGACACGUCUUUGCUCAUCAGCACAUUGGCCCAACUCAUUAUGGACCCAAGCUGUCGGACUUUGGAAGGAUUCCUGCAUCUGCUGGAGAGAGAGUGGGUGCAGGCAGGGCAUCCUUUCCAACAGCGAUGUGCACACUCAGCCUAUUCACAUGCCCGCCUCCAGCAGGAGUCCCCAGUCUUCUUGCUGAUGUUGGACUGUGUGUGGCAGCUGUGGAGACAGUUCCCCCUGGCACUGGGUUUCUCUGAGGCUCUGUUAUUAAAACUAGCAACAGAGGCAUAUGCCUCUAACUAUGGCACCUUCCUGUGUAACACAGAACAGGAGAGGUAUGUCAUGGGAGUAAAGGAGAAGACCUACUGUUUAUUCCGUGCUCUCUUGAGUCCGAUGGAGAGAGAGGUGUACAGCAAUCCCCUGUAUGAGCUCAAUGAUUUGGCAAUUUGGCCCUCAGUACACCCACAGUCUCUGCAGCUCUGGAGAGGGUUUUUCCUAAGAUGGACUCCACAGAAUCGGCAUCUUGAAGAGGCUCAGGAGGAGAUAAGAAACAUGAUAACUGAGUGGGGAAAGCUAGCACCCAGCAGAUGAUGAACCCCAGUGUGCUUAAACAAUGCUGAUUGUUGCAGUCAGUAUUUCACUGUCCAUCACAUUUUAUACAGUUGAUUGUUUACUUUUAUAAAUGAAUUUUACAAGGAGCU